AUGGCACGCGCGCAAGAAAUGGCCUCCUCGUUGAGCAAAGGGUCACUCGCCUCCCUUCAGUGCCCUUCCUGUACAAACGUCACGAGACGCAGACCAGGCAAUCUGAGCCCCUCGAAUGGCGCUGUGAGUGAUAAAACAAAUAAUAAUGCCCAAGCCGUCACCCUUGACAGCAUCAGCCGCCUGCUCGACCAAAAACUUGCGCCAUCUUCAACUUUAAUGACCAAUUUGCGUGAGUCCCUUCGGGCCGACAUUAAAGAAAUGCUUGCCUUUGAGGUCGACAAAUCUGUUCAGGCAUUAAAGAAUGAAUUUACGGUAACCACAGAUCACAUAUCUGCAUGUCAAAGCGACUUGCAAGCCUCAUUGACUGCUAAGGUGAAUGAAUUCAAGUGCCUCGAAAAUAAAUACCAGUCGCUACAAAAUGACAUGAUAGCCCUUCAGUCUCGCCUCAAAACUAUGGAACAUAUGUCAAGGAACUUAAAUGUGGAAAUUCAGGCGGUACCUGAGGGUCGUCAUGAAAACUUGCUUGAACUGUUUAACACCCUGUGCGCCAGCCUAGGCUUACAAAUAGCAGACAGUGAUGUGCGAGCCUGCCGUCGUGUAGCGAAAAUCAAUCCUUCCUCGCCCAGACCCCGCAACAUAAUUGUGACAUUGGCCUCACCCCGUCUGCGUGAUACCUUGCUAUCUGCUGCACAUAGAUUCAACAAAGCUAACUCAUCUGUCAAACUCGGCACCACUCACAUGGGUCUUCAGGGUGAUCAUUCCAGAAUUUAUGUUGCCGAGCACCUAUCGCCAGAAUGCAAAAAAUUACAUGCAGCCGCCCGGAGCUUUGCUAAAGACAGAGGUUUCAAAUAUGUGUGGGUCAGGAACAGCCAGGUUUACAUUAGAAAAUGUGACAACAGUAAUGCUGUACAUAUUAGGGAUGAAAAGUCAUUUAAUAACUUUGACAGUAGUGAUAAGCAGGUAUGA